CUCUUCUCUCCAUCAUUUUAAUCAAAGACAAUCAGACAAGAUGGCCGACUUCGACCAACUCCGCGCCCAAUACCUCUUCAACACCAAAGGCCGCGUCGCCGUCGUAACAGGCGGUGGAACCGGCCUCGGCCUCAUAACAGCCAAAGCCCUCUGCGCCAACGGCCUCAAAGUCUACAUCACAGGCCGGCGCAUCGAAAAGCUCCGCGAAGCAGAAAUGCACGACACCGAAAGCGGCGGCUCCAUCAUCGCCCUCCAAAUGGACUGCAACGACAAAGAAAGCAUCUCCUCUGGCGUCCGCGAAAUCUCCUCCAAAGAAAAAUUCCUCAACCUCCUCGUCAACAAUGCCGGCGUCACGAGUGUGAAUUAUGGACCCUCGGGUGCUCCGACGGGAAGUGUGGAAGAGAUUAGUAAGACGAUGUUUGAGAAUCAGGAUUUUGAGGAUUGGUUGGAGAUUUAUAAAAUCAAUGUCGCGAGCUAUUAUUUUACUUCGACAGCUUUCCUCCCUUUACUCAUCCGCGCUCGCGAAAACGGCUACUCCGAAGCAGGAAAUAUCCUCAACAUCAGUUCUAUCUCGGGAAUUACAAAAACUUCUCAAAACGGACAAUUCUCGUAUAACGCUUCCAAAGCUGCGACUAUAUCUUUAACUGAACAAUUGGCAGUGGAAUUUAAGAGACCGGAUUUGGAAGUUCGAGUUAAUACUUUGGCGCCGGGGUAUUUUCCUAGUCAGAUGAGUGUUGAUAAGGGAGAGGCUGAGGAGAAGGGGAAGGAAUUUUAUCGCGAUUUGGAGGGGUAUGGGGUUCCGUUUGGGAGGUUUGGACGGCCGAGGGAUUAUGCAAAGGCGGUGUUGGGGUUUGCGAUGAAUGAGUAUGUUAGUGGGAGUACGUUGGUUAUUGAUGGGGGGUGGUUGUUGGCGCAUCCGUGAGUGUGGGCAUUUGGUAGGAAUGUGGAUUGGGGAGAGCGGUCAGAUUAUAGAUUGAUAUGUGGUUGAUAUUGCUUGUUGAGGAUCUUUUUCCCUCGGAUUGUAGACAGAAGCGAGAAAUCAUGUUCUUGUUCGCAGGAGUAGAGUCGUGUGGUUCUUUUCG